GUGCCUCCGCCCGCGUGUGCGUCCGUCCCAGGGGCCGGGGAUGUGUGUCACUUUACGCCUCUGAGAGCACAACGCUGCCUGGGGGCCGGGUGAUGCCCGGAGCAAGUCUUGGCUUUAAUUUCUGUGAUUAUUGUUAUUUUACGCCUGGCUUUCGGGAAAUACUCGUGAUGUUGUAGGAUAAAGGAAAUGACACUUUGAGGAACUGGCGAGGACAUAGAUGCGUUGUGAGAGGGAAGCCGUCCCCUCUUCGCGGCUUGCUCCUGCUCUGCUGAUUGCCGGGGCUGCGGUCCUCCUAGGGAGCUGGGGAUUCCGGCGAGACUAAAGGUGAAGACGGGCUGCGCGGACCCCGGAGGGAAACCCUGCCCAGUAGAGACACCUUUGCAGAAGACAUUGUGAGGAAGCAAAUUAAGAGAGAGAAACACAAAGACUUAGACUUAGACGAGAGACCUACAAACGCAGCCCCGGGGAGAGCCCCCGUCUCCAGAAUGGAUAUCGUUCUGCUCACCUGGCUUUUCCUAGCAGUCUGCUUCCCAGGACGCGAAGUGCGAGGCCAAGCAGACCCGCCGUGUGGAGGCCGUUUGAAUUCCAAAGAUGCUGGCUACAUCACCUCUCCAGGUUACCCCCAGGACUACCCCUCCCACCAGAACUGCGAGUGGAUUGUGUACGCCCCCGAGCCCAAUCAGAAGAUUGUCCUCAACUUCAACCCUCACUUCGAAAUUGAGAAACACGACUGCAAGUAUGACUUCAUUGAGAUUCGGGAUGGGGACAGUGAAUCCGCAGACCUCCUGGGCAAGCACUGUGGGAACAUCGCCCCACCCACCAUCAUCUCCUCGGGCUCUAUGCUCUACAUCAAGUUCACCUCUGACUACGCCCGGCAGGGGGCAGGCUUCUCCCUGCGCUACGAGAUCUUCAAGACAGGAUCCGAAGAUUGUUCCAAAAACUUCACAAGCCCCAAUGGGACCAUCGAGUCCCCUGGGUUCCCUGAGAAAUACCCACACAACUUGGACUGCACCUUUACCAUCCUGGCCAAACCCAAGAUGGAGAUAAUCCUGCAGUUCCUGACCUUUGACCUGGAGCAUGACCCUCUGCAGGUGGGAGAGGGAGACUGCAAGUAUGACUGGCUGGACAUCUGGGAUGGCAUUCCGCACGUUGGCCCUCUGAUUGGCAAGUACUGCGGGACCAAAACACCCUCUGAGCUCCGUUCGUCGACAGGGAUCCUCUCCUUGACCUUUCACACGGACAUGGCGGUGGCCAAGGAUGGCUUCUCUGCGCGUUACUACCUGGUCCACCAGGAGCCGCUAGAGAACUUCCAAUGCAAUAUCCCUCUGGGAAUGGAAUCUGGUCGGAUCGCCAAUGAACAGAUCAGUGCCUCGUCUACCUACUCUGACGGGAGGUGGACCCCUCAACAAAGCCGGCUCCACGGUGAUGACAAUGGCUGGACCCCCAACUUGGAUUCCAACAAGGAAUAUCUCCAGGUGGAUCUUCGCUUUCUGACCAUGCUUACGGCCAUUGCGACACAGGGAGCAACUUCCAGGGAAACCCAGAAUGGCUACUAUGUCAAAUCCUACAAGCUGGAAGUCAGCACUAACGGUGAGGACUGGAUGGUGUACCGGCAUGGCAAAAACCACAAGUUAUUUCAGGCCAACAACGAUGCCACCGAGGUGGUUCUGAACAAGCUCCACACCCCACUGCUGACCAGGUUCAUCAGGAUCCGCCCUCAGACCUGGCACUCAGGCAUCGCCCUCCGGCUGGAGCUCUUUGGCUGCCGGGUCACAGAUGCCCCCUGCUCCAACAUGCUGGGGAUGCUGUCUGGCCUCAUCGCAGACUCUCAGAUCUCCGCCUCCUCCACCCGCGAGUACCUGUGGAGCCCCAGCGCUGCCCGUUUGGUCAGCAGCCGCUCAGGCUGGUUCCCCCGGAUCCCUCAGGCCCAGCCAGGUGAGGAAUGGCUUCAGGUGGACCUGGGAGCACCCAAGACAGUGAAGGGCGUCAUCAUCCAGGGAGCCCGCGGAGGAGACAGCAUCACUGCCGUGGAAGCCAGGGCAUUCGUGCGCAAGUUCAAAGUCUCCUACAGCCUCAAUGGCAAGGACUGGGAAUACAUCCAGGACCCCAGGACUCAGCAGCCAAAGCUGUUUGAAGGGAACAUGCACUACGACACCCCUGACAUCCGAAGGUUCGACCCUGUUCCCGCACAGUAUGUGCGGGUGUACCCGGAGCGGUGGUCGCCCGCGGGGAUCGGGAUGCGGCUGGAAGUGCUGGGCUGUGACUGGACAGACUCCAACCCCACAGCAGAGACUCUGGGACCCACCGUGAAGAGUGAAGAGACCACCACCCCUUAUCCCAUCGAUGAGGAGGCCACGGAGUGUGGGGAAAACUGCAGCUUUGAAGACGACAAAGAUUUGCAACUCCCUUCGGGAUUCAACUGCAACUUUGAUUUCCCGGAGGAGCCCUGCGGUUGGAUGUACGACCAUGCCAAGUGGCUCAGGAGCACCUGGACCAGCAGCUCCAGCCCACACGACCGCACAUUUCCAGACGACAGGAACUUCUUGCGGCUGCAGAGUGAUGGCGGACGAGAGGGCCAGUACGCCAGGCUCAUCAGCCCUCCUGUCCAUCUGCCCCGGAGCCCCGUGUGCAUGGAGUUCCAAUACCAAGCCACGGGCGGCCGCGGGGUGGCGCUGCAGGUGGUGCGGGAAGCCAGCCAGGAGAGCAAGCUCCUGUGGGUCAUCCGUGAGGACCAGGGCGGCGAGUGGAAGCAGGGGCGCAUCAUCCUGCCCAGCUACGACAUGGAGUAUCAGAUUGUAUUUGAGGGAGUGAUAGGGAAAGGACGUUCAGGAGAGAUCGCCAUUGACGACAUCCGGAUAAGCACUGACGUCCCACUGGAGAACUGCAUGGAACCCAUCUCUGCUUUUGCAGGGGGCACCCUCCCGCCAGGGACCGAGCCCACAGUGGACACGGUGCCCGUGCAGCCCAUCCCUGCCUACUGGUAUUACGUAAUGGCCGCCGGGGGCGCCGUGCUGGUGCUGGUCUCCGUCGCGCUGGCCCUGGUGCUCCACUACCACCGGUUCCGCUAUGCGGCCAAGAAGACCGAUCACUCCAUCACCUACAAAUCCUCCCAGUACACCAACGGGGCCCCGGUGGCGGUGGAGCCCACCCUAACCAUUAAGCUAGAGCAAGACCGCGGCUCGCACUGCUGAGGCCCGAAGCAAGAUCCGCGCCCAAAACAAACGAGAAAGACUGCAAACACGUUGCCUCGAUUUUGCACUUUUCUCUCCUCGCCCAGUCUCCGUGUAAAUUCCCAGACAUCUCCGUCCCGGGCCCCACCCCGUCGCGCCCCCCACGCCCAUUCUCCUUGGGGUCAUUUUGUUUUCUGUGUGUCCGUCUGUCUGUCCUUUUCUGCCAUUGUUGAUACUGAACCUGCAGACCCCACCUCUAAUGCUGCAUCUUGGAAAAUGGGAAGAGAUCCGCCCCAGCCCUUCACAGCUCCAGGCUCAGCGGGUUCCCUUCCCAAGGGGACUGGCCCUUGUGUGUCCUCCCCCUUGCCUUACCCGCACCUCCUCUCGGGGCUCCGGGGGACCUGGCUGUGUGUACAUAGUAUACACGUGCGUGUGAGUGAUGGCUCUGCGUGUGGGUGUCUGAGCGAGAGACUGGCCCCGUAUUGGGGGCAUCCGUGGAUGUGUUCACUCUUGUGUUCCUUCUCCUGGGGGACAUGUCACGAGACAAUAAUAUACUGUACACGUUUUGUUUACUUGGAGAAGAGAUGGAAGCUUUUUGUUGCCUUAUCUAGCUCUGGCUGGGUUUCUGUUGGCUGUCAUUGUCAUCUCCAGGUACCGUAGAGGCCACAUGGGACACAGUGUGGCCCCUCUUGUCCUCGUCCCCAUCCCCAGCCCACCUGACCCAAGAGGGAGGCCCCCGACCCCCACCCCUCGCACACUCGGACAAACCCCCUUCCGUGUCUCCUGCUGUCUUUGAAGUCACAAGCUACCAACCCUGGGUGUGUGUGGCGCCUCCUCCCAGCCCUGAAGCAGAGCUGUCUCCUGUUGCCUUAUAAAAGAGAAGCUCAUAGUGAAUGUGUAGCUUUUAUCGCUUAAGUCCAAGCUUGGAGUAAGUCAUAGAGAAUCAACAAAUCUGGGACUGACGUGGGAAAAGCAGUAGUCUGUUUAAGCCGAGGGUAGGAGAAGGUAGGAGAGAUGGAGAAGAAAGGACAGGUGGACCGUCUCUGCAAACUCUCCUCCUCCUGGGGUCGUUGGACCCAACCCAGGGUGGGGUUGAGGCAGAAAGCUGAAAACUGUGUUUUGUGUUAAUAUAUUGGCCAUUGCAAAGCAUGUGCGGACUAUGGGGGGAAGGGGAUCAUUUGCUUUCCUUUCUUGGUGUGAAUGUGUGGCUGCCACUACAACCGCUGAAGACAUAAGGCUGACCACCUGACUGACUUAACUAUUAUGCCAGAAUAGAAAGUAGUCAUUUUCUUCAAUGUACCCAUGUGCUACCCCUUAGAGCAUGCAAGACAUUGGGCAGCUACCUCCAGGGGCAGCGGUGGGGGGAGAGGUGACCUGGCACACCCAGGUGCUGCUGCCUCUUCCAUCCGAGAGGCUGGGCCGUGAAGAUGAACCCAGGCGCUGCCCACGUGUCCUCUCUGAGCCGUGCGGGGAGGAGGCUGUUGGAAAGCAACUGGCCAGGGCCGCUGCCCAAGCAGAGAUAAAUCAAGGCAGUCAACUGCACUGAUGGCAGACGUGUGCUUUAAGAUUCUCAGUGUAGUAGGGCUCAGCCUUGGAGGUGUUUAUUUUUUUACCUUCCUGUAAGGAACCUAUUAGAAGAGCAUAAAAUUCUCUCCAAAGAUGGUUGCCUGGGCUGAAAGCCUCCAGGUACCUUCUGAGAACAAAACACUGAUGAUUUUUUUUUUCUUUUUGGCUGCUUGGGAGAGAAACUUCUAGCAUUGUUUCAGAAUACACAGACGAGGUCCCUCCAGCGCACACACUCGACUCUCGCAUCUGGUUCAUUUCAUCCUCCUGCAAGAGCAGCGCUCUCCCACUCUUACUCUAUUUCAAAGAGCCACUCUGUCUCGACCACAGCGGCCCUGCCAAGAGAAGGAAAGAUGAAAGGCUAGAGCAUGUGCUACCUUGAGAUUCCCGGCAGUGACCCAGCCCAGCGGAAGAUGGGGAGAGAAGCAGGCCCGGGGGGCAGAUGCCACAUGCCAGUCACCCAGGGCUUUUUAUCUCGGGUGUCCACGGCCACUCAUGUGCUAGGGGCCGGGCAGCCCCUCACGGAGACUGACAGUCCUGUAGGUGCCCCCACGGGGGCUGGUGUCAGGAGGUCACACCUGGAGAAGCCAGCCAGUCCAGCUGACUGGUUGAGUUCUCACACACCCUUGUGAAUCCCCCUCUUUGUAAACUUGCUGUACCUUUUAUCUGACCACCCCAUGUGGCAUCAUCUUUAAGUCCCAGCCACAGCUGAGACUAUGUGAAGCCCACAAUACACAUCAGCUGGGACUGCCUGCCUCUCUCUCUCUCUCUCUCUCUCUCUCCACCCCAGCAACUUUCAUAGUAUUAUCCAGGUACUUUGCUAAAAGGGCAGCUUUUCUAUAAAACGCCAUGCCUUGCAGCUUUAAAAAGCAAACUUCUGUAAUUCACAGAGGGAGAGCUGAGUCACUCUCUUACAGAAACACAGGCUAGACAGGUGAAUGCACGCAUGCAUGUGUUUAGAGUUGCUGUUCAGAAGACAAAGAGGCGAUAGCAGCGGUGAAUGAAUGAAUGAAUGAAGGAAGGAAUGAAUGAAGGCCUCGAUGGAGCUGGUAAAGCUUUCGCCUUAGGUUUCUUGGCCACACCUCCUGGAGGGAAGCUCUUACCUGGGGGGUGGAAAUCCCUUCCUUAAUGCUGUGCUAGCAAUUGCUAUCACCUGAUCGCUGGCGAGGGCAGAAAAAAGACAAAAAAUUCCUAGCAUUGCCAUUGACAAAACAGGAUGCUGAAAAUAAAGUCAAAUAGUCUUUUCCUUUGUCCCACGUUUUUGGGAUUGAAGCCAGAACUGAAUAGGAAAUCCAGUAACAUUUCUAAGGUUAAUACCCCGUCUUUAAAAACAGCCUGCCUUCAAAAUGAAACUAGCAGGCAAGCAAACACCUAAACAAUAGACAAAUUACCAAAGAACAACAACAAAACAAGGAAACCUGAAGAUUUUUACUUCCUAUUCUUCCCCCUCUCCCUGUUACUGUGACAUCCCUUGCAUUGCUCCGUUGCUUGUGUGUCAAAAUCACUUGUGGAUGUUGGAAACUAUUUGAAAAUGUAUUGUGUGGAAUGUAAUAAAAUGAUGAUAUUUUUAUACA